UCACAUCUAAUCAUCGCCCACUACCGCCUACCAGAAUCGCCUCCUCUGCCUCCCCCGUGCCACUAGCAGCAAAACCCAAUCGUCAUCGCCCCGUUUGGAGGGACACCUCCCAUUUUCCAUCCAACCAAGAAGAGGAAGAGCCAGAGGAGUUGUUCUUGAGCACGCCAUGGAUUCUCCAAAAAAGGAGCAGGAGAGUAGCAGUGGAGCAAAUCCAAUGCAAGGAGGAGGCCCUGCCCCUGGUGAUCACCACCCUCAGCAACCCAAGAGGCCGCACCUCUCGAUCGACAUCCCGACGGCGAGCACCGCAGCCAUGCCUCGCCACCCCGUCAUCACACCGACAGCAGCAGCAGCGGAACACCCGGCUCCAGCAGCAGAAGCAGAUACCACACCAGCGACGCCCGGCUCCAACAGCAGCAGCAGAGCACCCGGUUCUUGCAAGCCGCCGGUGCCGGCGCCGCAGCGCACGCCGUCGUUCAAGCUGCGGCAGACGGUGAGGAGCCUGCUUCCCGGAGGAGGCAGCUUCAAGUCGUCGGUCAGAGGGUACGAGGCCUCCUUCUCCAGGCUAUUCAGUGCCAGGAUCGCGAGGACGUCGUCGCUCCCCGUGAACGACGAUGAUAACAGUGUGGUCUCGCGGCCGAACUUCCUCUCGCUGCACGGAGCCGACAAGACCCCCAACGAUCCUGCCGUUGAUAAAGCAGGCAUGCACCGCUCGCAGUCCCUCCCCAUGAACAUGAAGAAGUUCAACUCGACGAAAAGCAUCAAGAGGAUGAACUCGCUCGGCGGCGUGUACCGCGUGGUCCCUUCCACGCCACGAAACCCCGCCACGCCGAGCAAUGUCGUUCCGGACAUAGAACCUACCGUGUCAGGGGCUGGAGAGGAAGAUGGAGAGGACAUAGCAGAGGAAGAGGCGGUGUGUCGGAUCUGCAUGGUGGAGCUGUCCGAAGGGAGCGGCACCAUGAAGCUGGAGUGCGCCUGCAAGGGUGAGCUCGCUCUAGCCCACAAGGACUGUGCCCUCAAGUGGUUCAGCAUCAAGGGCACCAGGACCUGCGAGGUGUGCAAGGUGGAGGUCCAGAACCUCCCUGUCACCCUUCUACGUGUUCAGAGCGUGCGUGGCGAGGCGAACCGUGUCGGCAACGGUGGCGCCAACGGAUCUCGACACGCUCGGUACAGAUUGUGGCAUGGAACACCAAUCCUUGUGAUCGUAAGCAUUCUUGCCUACUUCUGCUUCUUGGAGCAAUUGCUGGUUGGCCAUAAUGGUUUUGCUGCCCUGGCGAUAUCACUGCCCUUCUCAUGUAUCCUAGGUCUAUUCUCAUCGUUGACAACAAGCAGCAUGGUGGCAAGAAGGUACGUUUGGAUCUACGGGGCUAUCCAGUUCCUCUUCGUUGUAUUCUUCACUCAUCUGUUCUACAGAUAUCUGCAUUUGCAAGCUGUGAUAUCCAUCAUCCUGGCCACCUUUGCUGGUUUCGGUGUGGGGAUGAUUGGCAACUCCAUCAUCGUCGAAAUACUAAGGUGGAGGACAAUCGCUCCGGCUCAACAACGCCGUGCUCGGAGACCACGCGUGGCACAACAGCAGCAGCAAGCUCCGGCAUCUAGUCAGCCUACAGGCCAGCCAUCAGCCACCCAAGAGGGGCAGCGUAAUGCUGCUGGCGGUGACGUCGAAAAUCCUGUCGUCCCUUAAGAAUAAACCAUUUGCAUUUUCUAAGCGUAUGUAAUGUUUGUAGUUAGUUGAGAGUUGAGGGUUUGGGAGGUUACUGUAUAAUAGUAGAGCAAAGAGGUCUGGAAGUUUUCAUUGGCCUG